AUGUAUUUGUAUCAUAUAUAUCACAGGACAUAUUAUAACACCUUCCAGCAAGAUAUAUCACUUGUAGACUCAUAUAAUUUAUACCUAUUUGUGACAUAUCAUAAAAUGGGAGCUAUACUUUCCAAAAUUGCGUCAAAUAAUGAAGAAGGUCGAUUAUUACUUUCGAAAAAUAAUUUACUAAAUUUUAAAAGAAAAGAUUCAAUUCGUCUUAAGCAUAAAUUAAAAUUAUUAAAAAAUAGAAUAAAUAAUAUUAUAAAAAAAGGAUUUAAAACAACAUCUUGGGUGGUUUGGGUAGCUGGUGUAUCUGUUGUUGUCUUGGUAACACCAAUUGCUUUUCAGUAUGAGAAAGAAUGUCAAUUAUUUGAAAUGCAAGCGCAGUUUUUACAGGCUCAGCAGGCAGCCAAUGUGCCACAGUUGAACUGA